AUGGAACGACAUCCAAAUGAGGUAGAGGUGAUGGAUGAUGAGGCUGUCCAGCAACCGCUCAGGGAGAUUUCAGUUCCCCCGCUUUUAUCAGGAGGCGAACAGCCAAUGGUUAGUGGGACUAGCGGGGCUCUCUCAGCUGCUAGCAAUGCCGCUCGUAUUGCCUGGGAGCGAGCGAAUGAAGUCACUGGCGCCUCAGAUGAUCAUCUGAAGUACAACGUGGAAGUACACCAAUCCAUAGUUAACGCAAAACCCUGGGUAAAGGACCCACACUACUUCAAAUCGGUUAAGAUUUCGGCCAUUGCGCUGCUCAAAAUGCUUAUUCAUGCCCAGUCUGGCGGGAUCUACGAGGUUAUGGGUAUGCUCAUCGGAAAGGUUGCACACGAGACCAUGAUUGUUGUGGAUUGUUCGCCUUUGCCUGUCGAGGGAACUGAAACUCGCGUCAAUGCGCAGGCUGAAGCCUAUGAGUACAUGACAACGUAUAAGGAAAUGCUUUCGGAGGUGGGUCGCCCCGAAAACGUGCUCGGCUGGUACCAUUCCCAUCCCGGCUACGGAUGUUGGUUAUCCGGCAUUGAUGUGAGUACGCAGCUAUUGAACCAAACUUUUCAGGAGCCCUUUGUUGCCAUUGUUGUCGAUCCAACUAGAACGACCUCGUAUGGGAAAGUCAACCUGGGUGCUUUCCGCACUUACCCCGAGGGCUAUAAGCCUCCGGACGAAGGGCCUUCUGAAUAUCAGUCCAUACCCAUGGAUAAAAUUGAGGAUUUUGGUGUCCAUUGCAAGCGCUACUAUUCCCUUGAAGUGAGUUAUUUCAAGUCGACACUGGAGAAAUACAUAAUCAAUUUAUUAUGGAACAAAUAUUGGGUAAACACCCUAAGUUCUGCCAGUAUUCUUGCUCAGUCAAACCACUUGACUGAUAUGACCAAAGAUCUCGCUGAAAAAGUUGAAAACGCUGCGUCCUCUGUUAAUCGAAUGGGUUCCGAUCAAGGACGACUUCAGGAUAAAUUGGCCAAGUGCAGCAAAGAUGCGACCAAAAUGGCAAUGGAACAAAUGAAUGCACUUGUUGGACAGCUAAUCAAGGACAAUCUUUUUAAUGUUUCGUGA